AUGGCGCAAACCCUUGUCUUGACGGGCGGACCCGAGACUAGCUCCACAAUUCCUGCGAUCCUGGCUGAUCUAAGAGUACUAGUGUCUAAUUUCACACAAGCAGGAUUAUACGAAGUCGGCUCCGAUGGGUACUUCGCGCAGGUAGAGAUUUUGUAUAUGCAGAACUCGAAGGCUCGAAUGCAUCUAGACUCGAAUUUUUGA